ACAGCAGACACCCUGCAUGCAAGCAGAGAGAAAGAGAGACCGAGGGUGGUAAAAGCUUGUUUCUCCCAAGUGAUGCUCGUCUAAGCGAGGGCGAUGUCUGCCUAUCUGAAGCACUUCACGGUGGUGGGUGACGAUCCUGCGCAGUGGAACAAUGACUACAAGAAGUGGGAGGAAGAAGAGAUGGAGGAGGAGAGCGAAGGGAAGCCGGCCGAGUCGGCCAUCAAGAUGGACCCGGCGCCCAGGCCCCCCACUUUCCGGGAGGUGAUGAGGAAGCUGUUCCAGUCGCACCGGUUUCAGAUCUUGAUUGUCUGUUUAGUGAUCCUGGAUGCCGUGCUGGUCCUGGGGGAGCUGCUUUUGGACUUGAAGAUCAUCCAUCCGGACAAACACGAGAUCGCGCCCGAGGUCUUCCACUACCUGAGCCUCUCCAUUCUAACCCUCUUCCUGGUGGAGGUGAGCUUCAAAAUCUUUGCCUACCGCCUGGAGUUCUUCCACCAUAAGUUUGAAGUCCUGGACGCCCUUGUGGUCAUCAUUUCGUUCAUCCUCGACAUUGUGGUCCUCUUCCUGAAGCACGAUUUUGAAGCGUUCGGGCUGCUGAUCCUGCUGCGGUUGUGGCGGGUGGCCAGGAUUAUCAACGGAAUCAUCCUGUCGGUGAAGACGCGCUCCGAGCAGCAAGUGUCCAAGCUGAAGCAAGCCAACCUGCAGCUCACCACGAAGGCCCAGCAGCUGGAGAACAGCUGUGCAGAGAAGGAGCUGGAAAUCGAGAGGCUCACCGAUAUCCUGAAGCAGCACGGCCUCAUCGUCGAGCAGUCGCGGUAGGCGGCCGGAUCCUGCCCCGGCCGUCUGCUCCGGGCCCGCGGACCAAACCUUCUCCCAGGCUGGGAUGUUUUGAAGACCACCCUUUUUGUACAUUCGCCGUGUUGGUCUGCAGGUGGAGCCGAUCCUUCUGGCUCCUGGAGACAUUUUUCGGUGUGUUGCAGAGGAGGCCUCUCCGGUAGGCAGCUGUAAAAUAGGGCAUGCUUACGCGGCCACUGUGCCGACCUUUAAUUGUACAGUGGUAUAGUUUAAAAAGGAUGACAAAUUAUUUAAUAAAGUCUGAUCCAUGUA